AACUGCGCCGCCAUUGAAACAAGUAUCCAACGUGAGAGUUUCGUCGCCGCGGCAAAAAUUUUUCAUUUAAUUUUACCCCUUUGCGUCUAAUAUAUCUGAGUAUUAUUGAGAAGAAUGGCGUACAGAGGACAAGGACAGAAGGUGCAGAAGGUCAUGGUGCAGCCCAUUAACCUUAUUUUUAGGUAUCUACAGAAUCGUUCUCGGAUCCAGGUGUGGCUUUAUGAACAGGUCAACAUGCGGAUAGAGGGCUGCAUUAUUGGAUUCGAUGAGUAUAUGAACUUGGUUUUGGAUGACGCAGAAGAAGUUCAUAUGAAGACCAAGAACAGGAAACCCCUGGGACGGAUUAUGUUGAAAGGAGACAACAUCACGUUGCUGCAGAGUGUGUCCAACUGAUCAUCUGCUUGUUCUUUAGGAUUUUUUUCAUCAAUAUUUGGUUAUUGACCUAUGGUUAUAAAUGUGGAAACCUUUUGUCUUUUUCUAAAUGCCACAAAAUUAAAGUUUUUUUUUU